AUGGCGGGCGCCACCCGGAAGGAGGAUGACAUCCCGACGGCUUCCAUUGAUGUGACGAGGAUGUCUGUGAGACAGCUGAAAGCUGAGUUAGCGGCGAGAGACGUCGACAUAUCGCAUUGUCGAGAUAGGUCAGAGCUACUGGUUCUGCUUCGUAAAGCACGAACAGCUGGGCCUUGGGACAGCGGAAGUUUUGCGCGACGGAAGACCGACAACACCUACUUCUGGGUAGAGCUGGUGGAUGGUAUGACAGCCGUGUGCCACUACGGCGAAGGGACAACCGGGAUCGUCAACGUGAACGAGUUGGAGCCCAUUUCUGCCCAUGAGCUGCCAUGCCCAGAUCGCUUCCCCGGAAGCUUCGAAGCCGCGCGGGCCGAGGCGUUCUUGAAGUCCAAGCUGCUGGUUGUCGCCAUCGUUUCCGGCAGAGGCAAACCGGUGAGAGAAGAGGCGAUGCAGUACAUGGCCCUUGCCUCACAAGAAGUGCUGGUGAUGCUUGGUGAGAACGCGGUUUUCUGGCGAGGAAAGCCCACCGAGCUCAAGGACACGCAGUUGCGGCAGUUGGCUCCCGUGGAUAUGCUGCCAUCGCUGGCAAUAGCCGUCCCUCUUGCAGCCGACGCCAUGACGGUGAUCUUGGCGAUACCCGGUGCGAUAAGUAGGUCGCUCCCAGGCCAACCGUCAUUGCAUUCGGUGCUGCUUUGCCUCGCAUCGUCUGCGGAGCUUUACUCCAGCACUGCACUGGCAGUGAUGCUGGCGCGCCAGAACGACGAGGAUGUCCAGCUGCGACAAGCCUUGGUCCCAGUAAGCCAUGCGGCCUGGGGCACCUUCAGCCCGAAACGCCACGCUGCUGCGGAGUGUGGUCUUCUAACUCUGAGGAAGGAACAGACCCCGCAAACAAAAGCAAAGCAGCGGCUUUUUGCCUCAGGUCCUAGGUCUUAG